CACACACACCGCUGAGUACACACACGCAUAGCUACCUACGCAGCCUCUCGCCCUCACUAUCCACUACCUGCCUACCUACACGCACACGCACGCUUUCGCGCGCCUACAACUACCAACCAGCGCGCAAAACCACCACCACAAACCUAACAGCCACCACAAUGCGCAUAGCAGAAGUCCUCUCGGACCUGACCUCGCUGCGCGUCUGCGACCCCGCCGCGGCCCUCGCCCUCGUCUCCGCAUCCUCCUCCUCCUCCACCACUACAACUUCAGCAACUUCAACAGCCUCCGGCGCAGUCACGUUGGCGCAUCCACAGCCCCCGCACCAACCACAAACUCUAGACGACACGUCCACCUCAACAUCCGCUCCCGCAGCCACGGCAGCAGAACGCAAGGAAGGAGAAGAAGACGCAGACCUCCGCCGCGCAAAAGACCUGCUAGCGCUGCAUGCGUGGUUCAAAGGCUCUGGCUCUGGCUCUAGUAGCGCAGGCGCAGGCGCAGAGCUAGGGCUCGCGGCCGAGAUGCGCGCGGUGCGGGAGCGGGUGGGGCGAGCUGUUGGGGGGGUGGGUGUGUGAGGGUGUGUGAGGGUGUGUGGGUUGGAUUGGGCUGGUAGUGACAACCUAUGGUGAUGACGAUGACGUCGGCAUGGAAAUGAUAAUGAAUGGUUCUAGGUAUGGAAUGAAUGAUUGUGCAGGCAGGACGUCUACCUAUGUAGCUCCGCUUGCGGGCGGGUUGCGGCAUCUCCAACUCCGUCUCCGUUGGCCGCCGCAUCUAGACAGCCGGGGAAGCUUGUUCUUCUAAUCCUCCACCAACACCAACAACAACAACAACAACAACAACAACAACAACAACACUAUUUCUACAACAUGCAAGCCCCUCCCCGUG